UUCUCAGAUUUUUUCUCAAGCAUUGUUUGUUGGAUGAUUUUGUGUUGGCUUCAAAGCGAUGAGCGCUCAAUUUACAAAGAUUUCCUCAGCCCAUAAUAGAAGACUGAGGAACUUAUUGAAUCAAAGCGAUAACCGCAUUUGUGCGGAUUGUAGUGCUCUGGAUCCGAAAUGGGCAUCGACAAAUAUCGGAGUCUUUAUAUGCGGGGAAUGUUGCGACGUGCACAAAAGCCUGGGUACGCACGUCUCCAAGGUUAUGUCAGUGUCAUUGGAUGAAUGGACAAUUGAACAAAUUGACGCGGUGGCCGAAGUCGGAGGAAAUUCGACGGCUAAUGCAAUCUACGAGGCCCAUAUACCCGAAGGUUAUUCGAAGCCGGGUCCAAAUGCUAGUGUUGAGGAGAGGAAUAAAUUCAUCAAGUCCAAGUACGAAGAUCAAGAAUUUUCUAAACCGAGCUUGCGGAUCUCUUCGGGGAAGAGUUCCUCUAACUCUUCAUUUAAGAUCUUUUCAUCAAAGUUUAUGGAUAGUUUCCGAUUAAUUCCGGAACAGGAAGGCAUGGUGGAAUUUAUCGGUUUAUUGAAGGUCACAGUGUUGAGAGGCUCGAAUUUAGCCAUCCGGGAUAUGAUGACAAGUGAUCCUUAUGUUGUCUUAACUCUCGGGCAACAGACCAUACAAACAGGCGUCGUACCCAGCAGCUUGAAUCCGAUAUGGAAUGAGGAUCUCAUGCUAUCUGUUCCUAGCAAUUAUGGGCCUCUGAAAUUGGAAGUAUAUGAUCACGACACGUUCUCGGCCGACGACAUAAUGGGAGAUGCCUCGAUCGAUAUCCAACCCCUGAUAUCAGCCGCAAUGGCAUACGGAGACCCGGAAAUGUUCGAGAAUAUGCAGAUAGGGAAAUGGUUGAAAACUGCGGACAAUGGGCUUUUGGAGGACAGCAUCAUUAACAUUGUCGAUGGGAAGGUGAAACAGUACGUGCAGUUGAAGCUCCAAAAUGUUGAGAGUGGAGAAAUUUAUCUAGAUGUGGAAUGGCUGCCCCUUGACCAGUAAGUUUGAAUUAUAUAAUUUAUUAUUCUAUUGUUUGUUGAGAUAUCGGU